CAGUCAGUGUCACUGCAGCAUUGUUCCAUAUUUAGCUCCCGACAACUGCUUCUAGGACUGGAACUCCCAAUUCCCUUUUUUCUCUCUCUCUGCCAUCUCUGAUCCCUGAACUGGUCUCAAAAAAUUGCUCCCUCUCUUUCCUCGCAGUCUGAACCUGGUGCACCAGCACCCGAGAGGAUGGCUGAAAACCAGGAGAAGCCCAGCGACACCCAGACUGGUGAGGAGCAGCCUGAAAAUGCAGAGGAGUCUGAAGAGAAGAAGAAGAAGGAGCUGGAGAAACUGCCGCCCUUUGAAAUCGUGGGAGGGGAGCGCUUCCCAGCCUUCUUUUUCAAAUUCCAGUUCAGGAACGUGGAAUACAGCUCAGGCAGGAACAAGACAUUCCUAUGUUAUGUCGUGGAGACCCAAGGCAAAGAGUCGGGGACCUUUCGGGGUUAUCUGGAGGAUGAGCAUGCAGCCGCCCAUGUUGAGGAUGCUUUCUUCAAUAACAUCUUGCCCACAUGCGAUCCCAACCUGCGCUACAAUGUCACCUGGUAUGUCUCCUCCAGCCCGUGUGUGCCCUGUGCUGGCCGGAUAGCGCAGAUACUGCAGAAAAACAAGAACCUGCGCCUCUCCAUCCUGGUAAGCCGCCUCUUCAUGUGGGAGGAGCCGGAGAUGCAGGCGGCGCUGAAGAAACUGAAGACAUCUGGAUGCAAACUGAAGAUUAUGAAGCCUCAAGACUUUGAGUAUAUCUGGCAGAACUUUGUAGAGCAGGAAGAAGGAGAGGCAAAGGCCUUUGAGCCCUGGGAGGACAUUCAAGAGAACUUUCUGUAUUAUGAAGAGAAGUUAUCAGAGGUUCUGCACUGAGGCCCAUGCCAGUGAGGAUUUCAGUUUGUUCAUUUAGCUUCUUGCUUUAAUGGCAGACAGACUCAUCUCUGUUCCUCAUCUGUGACUCCAACUCUGCCUAGCUCUGACAGUACAUGAUCAUAGUAGUACCUUACCCACUGCAGCUAGCAAUCCAUUAGUGUGAUCUUCCCCACUAUAGGGCAUGUGGAGGCAUACUGAGCUCUCUUCCUCGCAGCGACUUGUCAGUACCUCUAGGAAUUUCACCCCUCCGCCCCAAAUCUCUUUUCAUUAGGAAACAAAGGGGAGGGUCAUUAGAUAGAGCAAAAACGUUCCAUUCUUUUCUAAGUGGGUGAUGUUUGCACAUCUAACAGAACUGAAAAGAGGCGGAGGUAGUGGUUCUAGUCCCCUAGAAACACAUCAAAAGGAGGUAUAUUAUAGUAUAUCAUCCAUCCCUUCUGCCAUACACAAAGAUUGGAGUCCAUAACUAAUUUUGAGCAACAAAGCCCUGAAACAUCAGAAGCUGGUAACGUGUCUCUCUCAUUUCUCCAGGGCCAGCUUGUAAGAGAUCUGUCACCCAGAGGAGAGACAGGCAUGACAGACUUGGACAUCUGGGACAUGCCUUCAGCUUUUCAGAGCUGCUUUGAGUCAGGCAGGAUGCAACAAAAACCUUUAGCAGACAUAGCCCUGGACUCAGACUACAUUUACCAUGUAGCAUUUAGACAUUUUGUUUUUUUAAUUUUUAAAAUAAAUGUACUGUCUUUGUUAGCAGGACAGGAGAAGGCUAUGUGCUGUGCUUAACGACAUGAAUGCAGUAGACUUCAGAGGACGGGCAGGAAAGAGAGCAGUCCCAUGUACUGGGGCAGUUUUAGCAUUAAAAAAAACC